CUCAAGCCAGUUCGGCUAAGCGGUGCGGUCGCAUUGGUGAGUUGGGGGCAACAUGGGUUGGCCACAAUCGUUCGAUAAUUAUAUCGGGGUCCAAUUCGGAGCGUCUUUUCAACUGAAACAGCUGAAGAUUACAUCCUUGGCAGUCGAGGGUGGCACCGUCAGCUUCAAACUCGGCAUCUGGCAGAUGGGCGAGAAUCACGAGCUUUUGGAUGAGCAGCCGCCGGAGGAAUCCGAUUGGAAUGGCACAGAUAAGCCCCCAAACCACGGAUGGAAUAUCCCGUGGCCAUUUUGGCUCAAGUCUCCAGCCCUGUCCAGAAGAAGCAAGCCUCGGCAUUGCACCCGAAAGUUUGCAGCGCAAUGGCGGACAAGCUCUUGACGUUGUACGACUACGACUAUGUCGAGGGUGGGUGCAUCGGCACGCCGCCAGAUGGGACGGCGACAGAUGAUUCCUUCGGCACGUACGCUACGAACUAUCUCAUUCUGGCCAUUGGCGUCGCUGCCGCGCUCCCGAUCUUCUUCAAUCCAAGGGCUGGAACUUUAUCGAAGAUCUUGGGGCCAAGUUUCUUUCUGCUCAAUGGAUUGGGGUACGGGGUCGCAGGCUAUCUGCAUCAGGUAAUUCAUCACACUGCUGAAUUCGCAGUAUACGCGCUGUGGUUCAAGACUUCCUACGUGGCAGCGGUUCUGGGGGUCCUGGCCUUCCACAUGUAUUCGAAUUACGCUCAUCACUUCUCGAUCCCCGAAACCGACUGCUGCAAGGCGUGUUUGCCUUACCUGAACGGCUUUGCGAUUGUGCCAGCCGUCAUCAUCGUGGCCAUGCAAGUGUUCGUCGGUGCAAAACUUCUCCAAGUCGGCGUGUAUUCAGUCGUGGUGAUGAUCUACGCGUUGUUCACGUUCCUGAGAGCAGGGGGGGGAGCAAUCGAUCGAGUUACAGUUGUCGGCAUCGUCCUCAUCAUCGUGGGCUACUUGGCGCAGCCAGUUUUGGAUCCCAUCUGCGGAGACUCGCAGUCCGCAGACUGCUUCUCUCAGUGCCCUCUGCCAGCUCCCUACUUCAACCACAACGCCAUGUUCCACCUUCUGUUCGCCAUUGGACUGGCGGUGCUUGGCGUCACACUCAGCCUGCAUCCUUUGGAGACCAGGUGCGCGCAACAAUUUGAGGCCUUGGUGUAAAGGUGCCGACAGUUGCUUGCCACAGAGCUGCCAGAAUAUCGCAGGUUUGUUCAAUCACAGAAGUUGACGCGCGGGCGUUGAAGGCUGCCGCCUCUGUCGCCGACCCGAAAGAAGGCUCUCGAGUUUUUCCGUGGGUAUUUCUUGAAGAAGCCUCUCGAGUUUACCUGUGGGUAUUUCAGGCGGCUUGGGGCUCUCCGGUGCUGUGGGGAAGCUGAGAUUGCCCGAGUGAGCCCCAGCGUGAUCAGCUUCCAUGGCGGUGGGCCGAACGUUCGGGUUCGCUGCAUGCUUGAAAUAAUGUCGACGACGACGAGGACGACGCCGACGACGACGAUCCCGACGCGCCCCUCUGGAGUGGAAAAGAAGGGUAUGUAGCCAGUUGAAGUGGGGUCAUGCGGAAUUCUUUUUAAACCCGCGGCCUGGGCCAGCUGCAUGUUUCACUGCUGCACGCCGAGUGGAACUCGUCCACAGCGUCGGCAGUUCGUCUACUUUGUCACGUUGCAUGCCGAGUGGAACACGUCCACAACGCGCCCGCAACAGCACUUCUGCCGCGUGGAAUAUGCUUCCACUGGUCCGCCGAAAGGGG